AUGGCGACGCUAAGACGCUUGUUAUUGUUGUCGUAUAUGUAGAAAGGGGUAGGCGAAAGUACCACGAAACUAUCUCAAACCGGGUUACUGAUAGAGCACGUACUUAUCGCAUCUUUCCGUUUUCGUUUCAGCGGUUAUGAAAGUGUCCGGUGUGGAGGAUGCUGAGAUCCACCGGGUUUUUCCGUGGGAUUGACUGCCCGUUUUAUGGUGAAAGCUGUAACGGGAGGAUAGACGGAGAUGGGUGCCACAGACCCUACUGUCACUUCAGGCACAGCAAACUCAGGCGGGCGUCUUGUAGCGCAAACAGUAACCGGAAAUCCAAAGAGUCUUGCUCAAAACAAAAUGAGCUAGCCUAUGACCCCUGCAACCCGGAGGUAGUGAGACCCGGAGAGGCGAGGAAUGGGGAACCUGCGUCGGACCCGUCCAGCCCGGCUCCUGUGGACCAAGGUGCCCUGGAGCUGGAGCGGGUUAAUCGGGCCAUCGAGGCCGUGCGCAGCGAGGUGGAGCGUGAGCAGAAGAAGCUCUCGCGCAUCGGGGACCAGGAAUACGACCCCACCGCCAGCGCCACCGCCACCGCCGCCAAGAGGCCCAAGCCGUCUGCCGCCGCGCCCCCCCUGGAGUAUGACCCGGGGAGCUACCAGAUGUCGCAGGCAGCCGACUACAACCCCACGCCGCGCUCCAGCAAGUACACCCUGGACUCGGAUGGCGGCGGAUCGUCCGCCAGCUCCCUGGAGUACGUGCCCACCGCUGUCGCCAAAAAGGCGGUUAAAAAGCGGCCGCCACCCGUACGCACUCCCCGUUCGCCCUCUCCCCCCUCCAGCCCGCCGCCCGUCCCUGCCAAAACGCCGUACGUCUCCUCCUCAUCCAAGCACAAGUACACACUGGACAACUCCAAACCGCCCACCGACCUCGAGUACGACCCCCUCUCCAACUACUCGUCCCGGCCCGGGAGCAAGGGGGCCAAAGGGCAGGCGGAGAAGAGGGGCGGGGCGGCAGCGGGAGCUGUCGCCGCGGGGGGCAGGAAGAGGCUCCUGUCCUCGGGUGUUGGGGGUAAGCAGGCUGUGGAGGAGGGCUAUGUGCCCACGUUUAAGAAGCCCAGACAGCAGGCGGGAGGUCCGGCGGUGGACUCGCAGAAGUACACCGCCAGCUUCUCGGAGUCCGACGAGGAGAGCUCUGGGACGGAGUACCGGCCUACGUCCCUCAACCGCCUGCAGCAGAGGAAGGGCAUCGGCGGGUACGGGGAAGGCGGUUUCAGGAAGGGAGGGGAGAGUGUGGUCGGUACGGCGAAAGAGCGCCGGGUCUCUGAGGUCAGGGCGGAAGGCCCUCCGUGGUUCGACUCGGAGGGGUCCGACGGGUCCGGGCCUGGCUCGCUCGACCUCGACGACCGACCCGCUGCUAAGAAAACCACGGCCAAGGGCGGCCUGAAGAAACCGAGCGCCGACGGCUCGGAACCUUCCAGAAAGAGCGGCGGUCAGAAGGAGAAGGAGAAGGCGGGGGAGGGGAAAAAGAUGGACUCUUCCAAGAAGCCCGGAAAAGAGGAGUCCAAGAAGCACGGCAAGACCGAGGGGAGGAAAGCGGAGGAGAAGAACCGGGAGAAGGAGAGGGAAAGGAGCUUGGACAAGAACGGCAGCAAGGAGGGGAAAAAGGCGAAGAGCGACUCCAAGAAGGACCCUAAGGGCGGGAAAACGGAGAAGUCGAAAGGAGAUUCCGGAUCCGGGCGGACGGAGAAAGGGGGAGGAGGGAGCGGUAGUUCCAUUAAGAAGGUCAAGUCCUCGGACAAGCUCGGAGGGAAAGAGUCGUGUAAACCCAGGCAGCUGGAGAACGGGAAACUGGAGGGCAGAGGGGAUGAGAAGGCCAGGAAACGCGAUGGGCUCGAGAGGUCCGACGGGAGGAAAGACCGCCCGAGGAAGAGCAGCACCAGCAGCUCCUCCGAAGGCAGGGCCAAAAAAGCGGAGAAGAAACAGAAACAGAGGUCUCUGACUCACGUGGACCUGUUUGGAGACGAGAGCGUGGAAGAAGAGGAGGAGGAGGAUGACGAGGCGGACGAGGAAGGGCAGGAGACGGUCGUGAGGAAGUCGGCGGCCGCUUUCAGAAGGGGGAGCUUUGCGAAGAGCAAGAGGAGGGCGUUAACCCCGUCGUCCUCGGAGAACGACGAUGACGGCGACGACCGCUACAAUGACUACGAGGACGACGCGGAUGCUGACUACACGCACCUGCAGGUGGACCUGGACUAUGAGGAAGACCCGAUGGAGGAGUGCCUACGCAUCUUCAACGAGUCCAAAGACGUGAAGACCGAGGACAAGGGGAGGCAAGCCAAGCAGGCCCCUAAGGAGCUGGAGGAGGACCCUGGCUCUGAGAGCACUUUAACCACACUCUUCCCUGGGCAGAAGAAGAGAGUCUCGCAUUUUAUGGCCAAAGGAAACGUGGACGCGGCCCCAAAGCCGGUCGUGCGCCCGUACCGCAGACCGACUGCGCAGGAGAUCUGUUACCAGCGCAUGCAGGUCGCCCAGCAACAGGCCGCCGAGCUGGCAGCCGCGGUCAAGACCAAGACCGCCACGGCCACGCCCGCUUCUGCCUUCCCCGGCGAGAGGAAGAGGGUGGCUCACCGCCCCAGCCAAUCCGCUCCUGCCCUCAAAUCUGGGGGCGCCGAUUCGACACAGGCAGGCGGUCAGGUGACCCCGCCCAUCCGUGUGGCCCCUGGCCAGCUGUCCAUCAAGGCGCACACCUCCGUGGGAAUCCUCUCCAAAACCACCUCCACUGUGGCUCAGAAGAGAGUCGCGCACACACCAACCAUGAAGAGCUCUACUAUGAAGCGGCCAAUCAUUCCUACCGAAUUUGGGGCCAAAGUGCCCACGAACGUGCGCCAGCGAUAUCUCAACAUCUUCAUUGACGAGUGCCUGAAGUUCUGCCCUUCUGAGGACACUGCCUUCGAGAUGGCCCUGCAGGAGGAGAAGGUGGUGUACGACCGCAGCAGCAGCAGGAACAUCUACCUGAACGUGGCGGUCAACACGCUGAAGAAGCUGCGGGGCAAGAGCGGCUCCAGCGGCUCCCCCGUGGCUAAGAGCCCAGCGAUGAGCACUAAUAGGAAGACCCUGUCUCAUGAGGAAGUUCUUGGGGGCCGUCUAGCAGCCAAGACCAGCUUCUCCAUCAACCGGACAGCCAAACCACAGGAGGAGAAGCUCGUUGGGGCCAAUCUGUACAGGAAGCUGAAGGAGUACGUGAUGACUGAGGAGCAGCUGCAGGAGCACUGCUACCCCCGCCCGCACCCUGACCGCCCGGGACGGGCCAUCGUCUACAACAUGCCGGAGAAGAAGAACGUCGACCCAUUCUCCAAGGUGUGUUGUCGCUGCGGGGCGGAGUACAAGAUCACGCCAAACGGAAACUGUGUGAGGAAGGAGGAGUGCUGCCAUCACUGGGGCCGUCUGCGGCGGUACAAAGCGGCCGGGGGCUGGGAGACUCAGUACAGCUGCUGUUCUGGAGCGGUGGGCUCUCAAGGGUGCCAGGUGGCUAAGCAACACGUGCAGGACGGCCGUAAGGAGGCCCUGGACAGCUACGUGACGACCUUCGAAAAGCACCUUCCUUUCGACGGGGAUGCAGGCGUCUACGCCCUGGACUGUGAAAUGUGCUACACGAAGCAGGGCCUGGAGCUGACGCGGGUGACUGUGAUCAACGCCGAGCUCAAGGUCAUCUACGACACCUUCGUCAAGCCCGAGAGCAAAGUGGUGGAUUACAACACCAGGUUCUCUGGGGUCACGGAGGACGAUAUGGAGGGAACUACCAUCACCCUACGAGACGUCCAGGCCGUGCUGCUCAACAUGUUCAGUGCAGACUCCAUCCUGAUUGGCCACAGCCUGGAGAGUGACCUCUUUGCACUAAAGCUCAUCCACAGCACAGUGGUGGACACUGCUAUAGUCUUCCCCCAUCGCCUCGGCCUUCCCUACAAGAGAGCCCUGCGCAACCUAAUGGCAGACUACCUCAAACGCAUCAUACAGGACAACGUGGAGGGGCACGACUCCAGCGAGGACGCUAGCGCCUGCAUGCAGCUGAUGAUGUGGAAGAUUCGGGAGGACACCAAGGUCAAGAGAUGACCCCCGUGCCCCCCUGAGCUCGAACCCCCCCCACCCCCCCCGCCCCCCCUCCCGUCUCUCCUCCUGUAUCAGUGCAGAGAGACGGACAGAGAGCCACGGUGGGAGGCGUGACCUGUCGGACACAGCCAGCGACGCCCUUACGAGAGCACUCGAGUUUCACCUGAGUGGAGCUGUGACAGUGAACUGGAGAGCGGGAAUAUGAGAGAACGAGCAAUCAAGAGAAUGAGAGAGAGAGAGAGAGAGAGAGAGAGAGAGAGAGAGAGAGAGAGUGAGAGAGAGUGAGAGAGAGUGAGAGAGAGUGAGAGUGAGAGCGAAUGAGAAUGAGCGAACAAGAGAACCUGAGAAAGCCUGAGUGAGAGUGAGUGAGAACAUCCCAACAGGCCGUUGACCAAUGCCUGGCCGUUCCUGUCAUGCCUAUGAUCCAACUUGACCUGUGUCAUGUGACCAGGUAUAGCCAAUCACUGUAGUGUUCUGUAAAGGAGGGGUAGCAGGAAGAGGGUUUUUUCCCUCUCUGUUUAUUAUUAGGAUUAUCAUCACUAUUGUUAUUAUUUUUUAUCUGCACAUUCUUAUUGGUAUCCAUUUAUAUUAGUUUCCCUGCCAGCAACGGUCUCUAUGCUGAAUUGAAUGGGCCAUACUGACACGAGUCCGGUCUGAAAUGCAGGCCCGCAGAAUGGCUAAACCAUGUCGGGCAAUUUCUGUUGUCUUGUUUUGUUUGUUUUGGGAGAUUUGCUGUCUCCAAAAUUAAGACCCCUAUAUCCCUAUGUGUGAACAUUUCUCAACAGUAUUUUGAGCGUUACUGUACUCCUUUUAAUCGGAUGCACUUCCACCUGAUCUAGUUCAUGUAUGAAAAAAUGACAGUAUUAUUUACACCUUUAUCAUAUGGAUAAACCACAGCAGGUUUAGCAGCUGUCACGGGUGUAACGGAAACAAAUGCGCUUCAAACAUGGUUCCUUUCCUGAAAUACAUUUAGAGGAUUGCUGACGUACACCGUGAUUGCCGCUAAUAAUAAUUUUUUCCCCCACAUUCUAAUAGAUAUAAUUACCAUACGUUUUCAGGGAACACCGACGGGAAUUAUUUUAAUCAGUUUAACUGUGAUGAAAGGGGGUUCAGUAACACAUAGAUGUGUUGGUGGUGAGGAGUUGAGCAUUGGAAAAGACUUGAAUAGAGGUUAUUGUGGCAUAACGUAGUUGUUUCGCCUUCGUUGGGCAGUGUAUUGGUGGGCCAGUGAAUGAUAGAGCACCGAAUAUUAUGUCUGACCUCACGGGCAGGGUAUAUAGUACAGUUCAAUGGUAUUGCUGCUGAAUACUUGAUCAACGUAUUUUACCCAUGUUGCACUAGGGAAAGCCUCGCCGUCGCUGGGCUGGGGUAAUGCCUCACUUGAAUAUCUUUAAUAAGCCUGCAUUAAUUCAUAUGACUGAACAUAUCGGUAGAAUCUCUGUCCGGAAGAGCCAUAUCGAAGUUUUUUAUUCUCCCUUUCAGUUUAUUAAAAACACUUGAUAAAUCUCCGCAGCGUCCGGCGUGUGGAUCGUGUUUGGUAGCAGUAGCCUACUUGUCCACCAUUUUAAUAGUUUAGCUGCAUUAUAACGGCCCGUAAUCAGACGUGUAGUGCUUUUUCUUGGCAGAAUAUAUUUGUUAGCUUGGCCGUGAGGUGACGCCAAAACUGAAGCAGAAACGCGACCUCAAACACACUGGAGGGAUUUCUGGGAUGGUAUCUUUUCCAGAGGUAAUGUCGCGGGUUUUUCUUGAACUUGAACAAGGUGCGUGACAUGGAUCGGUACAUGGGAAACGGACCAACUGGCGCGUUUCCGUGUUACCGGUCUUCCGCCGUUUCUCCCUCGCCAAUCGCAUAGUAAUGAUUUUCCCUUGUUAUUAGAAGAGCAAAUUUAGUCCUUUAUUUACGCAGGUAUACUACUUCCUCCUAUGAGUAACGCCGUUCAUGGUAUUUCAUUUUGAGGUUCAGUUAAGGCAGGUAUAUAAUUUGUAUUUAAUAAAUGUUCCCGAGUGACCUGUAAAAUCUAUUGUAUAGACUCACUAAUGAUGGCAAACGCUCACUCUGUAAAUAUGCUGUAACAAUUUGUUUCUUUUUUGUAUGUUUUAGUUUCUCUUUUUUUUUUGUUUCGUUUUUCUAUUAAAAACGGAAAUUGA